CUAGAAUACGCUGUGGCUUUACGCUCUUUCUAAAAAGACAUUGCAGUGUGGUGUAAACACGUCUGCUAUAUAAUCUCAUGUUUGACUGAUAGAUCAAUAUUCCUGUCUCACGCUUCCUCGAACCGAUUUAUAAAGAAAAGAAGUUUCUUCUAUGUACUCGCAUCACAACUUAUUGUAUUUCAUCAACAGAGUAGAAAGCGACUCUUGCUAUCAUUAUUCUAUUUGCUGAAAUGGACGCUUCUUCAAACCUCCUUAAGCCUUUGCAAGUCGGACGCUGUCGACUGCAACAUAAAAUGGUUCUCUCUCCUAUGACCCGCUUUCGCGCUGAUGACGACGCCGUGACAUUACUUUUCGUCAAAGAGUACUACACACAGCGCGCAGCUGUGCCUGGGACUUUAUUGAUCACUGAGGCAACUGCAAUCUCAACCCAAGCAAAAGGGUUUGCCAACGUCCCUGGAAUCUGGGCAUCGGAACAGAUUAACGCCUGGAGGGGAGUUGUGGACGCGGUUCAUUCGAAAGGAUCAUAUAUAUGGCUUCAACUCUGGGCCACAGGGCGCAGCUCUGAGGUCGAGGUACUAACCGCAAACGGAUUCGACCUCACAUCCAGCAGCGCAGUUCCUGUCGGACCAGACGAUCCCACUCCGCGUGCUCUGACAGAGACCGAGGUACAAGUCUAUAUCGAUGAGCAUGUGCAAGCUGCCAAGAACGCCAUACUCGCGGGCUUUGACGGCGUCGAGAUUCAUGGCGCUAAUGGUUUCCUAAUCGAUCAGUUCACCCAGGCGUCCUGUAAUCAACGGGUCGAUGGCUGGGGUGGAACGAUUGAGAAACGCGCCCGAUUCGCGCUUGAGAUUACCAGUAGAAUUGUCGAUGCGAUCGGUGCCGAUCGCGUCGGCGUGAAGCUUUCACCGUGGAGCACGUUCCAGGGCAUGGGAACUAUGAAUGACUUGGUUCCCCAGUUUGAGUACAUCAUUACCCGCCUUCGUGAGAUGAACAUCGCCUAUCUCCAUCUAGCCAACUCCCGAUGGGUGGAAGACGUUACGCAUCCUGACGCCGAUAACAGGACUUUUGUUCACAUGUGGGGAAAGUCGAAACCGGUUCUGCUGGCAGGGGGUUACGAUGCGGCAUCAGCGAAGCUGAUGGUUGAUGAGACGUAUGCCGGGUAUGACAACGUGGCUGUCGUAUUUGGCCGAUUAUACAUCUCUAACCCUGACCUACCGUUCCGCGUGCAGCACCAACUUCCACUUCAACCCUACGAUCGUGACACGUUUUACCUUCCGUUCUCAGAGAAAGGCUACCUGGACUAUCCGUUUAGCAACGAGUUCUUGGCAUCAGGGUAUACCGGGGAUGUGCAAGGGUAAAUCGUUCACUAGGUAUACACCGGUCAUUUCAGCUUCAGAAGAUACUUACUUACUCAAAUUAUCCAAUAUUGUACUUGGCGUAUGUAUCAUUGUCCCCAGAUAGUGACGUCUCAUAAUCGAACAAAAUUAUGCUUAUAUGUCCGUGACCGCCAUAGCUACAUCAUCUAGGUAUAUGAUUGGAUGAUACUAAUCAAAUUUCCUUUACUUUGUCACAGGUGGGAUUUUCGCCGUCACGGGUGGAC